AUGGUGAAGCGGAGGAGGAGGAGCGAAGCGCAUCUGAGCAAGGAUUCGAAGGUCGAAGUUUGUAGCAACGAAGAGGGUUACAGAGGUGCUUGGUUCCCAGCCAAAAUACUUGACCCACAACCCUCAGAUCCCUCAAUGAAGAAGAAAAUGAAGAAGGCUCUGGUGCAGUACGAGACUCUGGGCUCGGACGAUGACCCAAACAAGCCACAUAUUGAGCUCGUUCAUGCGCGCUCCAUCCGCCCAGUGCCUCCUCUUAUCGACAAUCCUGACCAGCCCUUUGAGCCUGCCGACGUCGUAGACGCCUCUUACAUUGAUGUUUGGUGGGUCGGGGUUGUAAUGAGCGCUCUGAGCUGCGGCCUCAUUGGGAUUUUCUCAACGGCAAAUGGGUUCGACCCCGGAAGAAAGGAUUUGUACUUGGUUUAUGCUUGCAAGAUGGUGGGAUCAGUUUUCAGCCCUGGGACAGCAGUGGAAGUGAAUCUCAGCAAAGAACAUAUAUUCGUUGCUUGUCUCCCAGCAAUAUAUCUUGGCGAACUAGGGGAAAACUCUUACUUGAAACCUAAUGAUGAUGCAACCAUUGUAGGUUUUUCCAAGAAGUUGAUAGCAUCUGAAGACCGUCAUUUGAAUAAGGUUGAGCAACAGCAGCUUGGAGAAUUGGACAAUCAAGCAAUAAUUUCUCAUAAACGAAAAGUCAAGAAGGGCAGUGAAAUUGAAAAGGUUGAUGAAGAAGAUGUUGAAGAUGAGAAUGGACUGGACAACAUUGAAUCUUCUGGUAUGAUGUCAGAUUCUGAAUUAACUGGGGAAUCUCAUGCUGGAACAUCAUGUCUGCUCCCCAUGGAGACCAAUAUGGUUGAAGGAAGGGAUGAUUCUCCUGUUAACUAA